GGAGGAGGAGGAGGAGGCGGUGGAGCCACGCGAACUCGUCGGCGAGCGUUCGACGAGCCAACGCCGCCGUUCCGAAGUGCGUCGCGAGGCGUGCUACGCUUGAAAUCGAAACGAGAAGACCACCUCGACCACGAGAAACACGCUCCUCGUCGUUCUCUCUCUCUCUCUCCGCACGCUCGGACCAGAAAGAGAGUUUGGCACGCGCGACCACCGAGAGAGAGAGAGAGAGAGAGAGAGAGAGAGAGAGAGAGAGAGAGAGAGAGAGAGAGAGAGAAAACAGAAAACAGAAAACAGAGGGAGACAGAGACGCCCCGUCGAGGGCGCGCGUUCGCACCUUCUUCUCUUCUUUAUUCUUCGUCUUCGUUGUCUCCGUCAUCCUCUUCGAGGAUCAAUCGAGGAUUCUUCCCUCUUACGCGAGUCGAGGCCCGUUCGAAGGACCCUCGAUUGACGGGGUCUUCGUGUACGUUUUCUCUAAAACCGAUAUCGAAACAUAGACGCAUAGAUAGAGAGAAAGAAAGAGAGAGAGAGAGAGAGAGAGAGAGAGAGAGAGAGAGAGAGAGAAAGAGAGAAAGAGAGAAAGAUAGAAAGACGUGUGACCAUUUGUAGUGCAGUGCCUCGUCCAUGUGAACACGAUGACAACCACUAUUAUUACUAUUAGUACUACUAUUGUUGCUACUAUUAGGAUGACGACAAAGACGACGACGUUUUGCUUGCUCACGCGGAAAGUCUGUGAUAGUCGAUGACAGCGACGCCAUUGCUCGGAUUAAACGGACACAGACGGCCGAGGAUCGUGUUCCGGGAAUCGUCUUGAUUGGAAGAUCCGCUUUAGUAAGGAUUAUGGAUCCGGAUGUGCGAGUUACCGGACGAGGAAACAGAUGACCGAAGGACCAAUAUUCGAGCCAACAUGCCAGUCGGAUGCCAGUGAAGAAGUGUCCUCUACCUGUAACUAAUUAAUAUGUUACUUAGCUAGUUGAAUUAGUAAGUGAUAUGUUUCAUCUAUAUCUUCGCGGUGACUGUGGAUGACACUGACGUGAUAGGAAUUUCUAUCAACUGAAACGGCGCGAGUGAAUUUCGUUUUUAUUUUUCAAUCCUCGUGUUUUCGGAGGGUGGAAAAAGGUAGAAACAAAAAGUUAAUAAGAAAGAAAUAAAAGAGAUAAUUACCAUUCGAUUUGCUCGCACCUCCGUCCUUUCUUCUUUUUUUUUCCUCUCUUCACGCGUAAAGAAAGACAAACGGAGUGUUAAUUUAUCUUAGAAUUCAUUCAGCGAGAAGUAUUCUUUCGCUUGCGGUUUAUUCUCUCGUGAUCUAUCGAUCUUUCGGGAGUGAAGUGAAACGGACGUUCUUCAAAAGAGGAAAACGAUCGGAAGUAGUAGAAAGGGAGCGAGUAGUAAACGGGCGAGUGCAGUGACUGACUUACAUCGGGAACGCCAACCUGCAAUCAAGGUUCAUGGUUUUCAUGGAGGAGAGCGAGCUCUCGAGCAAGCGGUGGGCUAGUGCGCCCCGCCGCCCGGACAGCCCCUGCGUCCUGGGGGCACCGACGUCUAGGGAGGCGGCGGGACCGCCGGUGCAGCUGGAACCAGUGGACCUGUCCGUGAAAACUCCCGUGGUGUUGCAGGUGCCUCGGUAUAAUCCAGCGGUGAUAAUUAGUGCCGCUGCAAGAAGAGUACCUUCACCAUCGACAACGCCUACACCACCGCCAGCAUCUCUUUACGUCUCUUCAACCGUGUCGCCAACGUUGCCAUCAUUGGGAGAAGCAGCAUGGGAAAGGGAACAGGAACGAGAUCGGGAAAGAGAGAGGACACGAGAGAGGGAACGCGAAAGAGGACGAGAUAGGACUGCCGAGAAUGAGAGGGAACGACAACAGGAACGGGAGAGUGCGAUCAGGGAGAGAGAAACGCGAGAUCGAGAGAGAGAACGAGAUCGCGAUCGUGAGAGACAAAGGGAAAGGGAAAGAGAAAGGGACGUAGCCGUUUGCGUUAUGGAACCACCCGACCCAGUAUUCGUAUCAUCCCCUGCAGCACUUCUCGCUUUGCAAAGGAUAAAGGAGGCAUCUCUUGUCUUUCACAAACGACCAACGCUGGCGAGUGGCAUCGGAUUGAGCGGUAGAGCCAAUGCCGGCGUGGGUGGAAACGGAGCUAGUUUAGGGGUCGACAGUGAGUGCGGCGACGCGUUGAAAAGGCGCAAGGUUCACAGAUGUGACGUAGCAGGCUGUGACAAGGUCUACACUAAAAGUUCCCACCUGAAGGCACACAAGAGAACUCACACCGGAGAAAAACCGUAUCAAUGCACAUGGGAAGGUUGCACGUGGAAGUUUGCACGUUCGGACGAGCUUACGAGACAUUAUCGCAAACACACCGGCCAAAAACCGUUCAAGUGCCAUCUCUGUCAGCGAUCGUUUUCUCGGAGCGAUCAUCUCUCUCUACAUAUGAAGAGGCACUGAUAAGCUAACGUCCGAACACGACAAAGAUAGAUAUUACGAGAAGAAGAAUAGAGAAAGGGAGAAAGAGAGAGAGAGAGAGAGAGAGAGAGAGAGAGAGAAAAGAGCGGUGGAUAGCGGAAAAAAGAAAAGGAUGCUGUUGAGCUCAAACUCAUCGAUGCAACCAUCGAAAAAAAAAGAAAAAGAAAAAAAAAUCAAUAUUUAAAGACUACGACGACGAAAACGACGAUUUUUACAUCGGGACCUGAAGAGCUUAGGCACUAAUUUAGGAUAGUCGUCUCGUUAUGAACGACAAAGCCUGGCCGAAUGAAACUAGAGAAGAAAGUUGAAGAAUUUUUAGAUUGUUCGUUUAGACUUAGAGCUUUUUCUAUAAUUUUUUUUUCCUUUUGGUUUUCUUUCCUUUCUUUUUUUUCUCAUUUUGUUUAUUUUUUCUUUUCGAUCUCUCUCUCUCUCUCUCUCUCUCUCUCUCUCUCUCUCUCUCUAUCUAUCUAUCUAUCUAUCUCUCUGUCUCUAUCGCCUUUCAACACGACGAUUAUCUCACGCGAUGAUUAUCAUACUUCUCGACAUACUUUUCUUUUUUUUUUUUUUCUUUUUCCCUUCCAACUCCGAUAUUAAAAAUAUUUUCCCAUUCGAUUUUUGUUUCUCUCGCCAAUCAAAUUCCUACAUAGUUACAUAUUGCACAUCGCUUUUUAAUUUUAUCCGUAUCAAUUCGGCCUUUUAUUUUUUCUUCUUUUCUAUUUUUUUCGUUCCUUUUCAAAAUCUCCUACGUUCUCGUUUCUCGAGACACUGUCGUCGUAAACUCACGACGAGUAGAACGAGUCAAAGUUAUGCUGAUAUUAAAUUAUAUUGACGUAGGUUAAAAAAAAAAAAAGAAAAGAAGAAGGAAAAAAAACAGAAAAUAGAAAAAGAUGAGAAAAGAGAAAAGCGAAAAUGAAAUGAAGUUGUUCGCAAUGUUUAAAGAGAAAAAUUUGCAAAAAAUAUCAUCGAUAGGCUAUUAACUAUAAUACAUAACAUCGAUCAUUAUGCACAAAGAAUUUCGCGUUUAGAAACGGACAAUCAUUUGCGUUUCGUUGAACGAAAGAUUAGAAGACAUUCUAAAAGGUCAGUAUUAUAAGUGCAUUAAGCAAUAUCGUCGUGGCAUUAAAUCAAUGCUUCUUCGUAUAUAUACAAUACAUAUAUACAUACACACACACACACACACACACACACACACACAUAUAUAUAUAUAUUUCUUUUUAGUCGUACGCUCUUCGAUCGUUCGAAAAGAUUUUUUUUUCUUUUUUUUUUUUAAACAACAAAGAGCAAGGACGACGUAGGCGUUAAUUCGUCGAACGAAUAAUUUUUAAUAGCCUCACGUCAAGGUGCCAAAUAUAUGUAUGUAUAUAUAUAUAUAUAUAUAUAUAUAUAUAUAUAUAUAAAGAAAAAAGGAAAAAAAAUGUACUAAAGAAUAAUAAUAAUGGUGCAAGGAUUUUAUACGUACGCGUUUAAAAUUGUUAAAAUUAAAUAAUCGAUUGUAAUAUAAGAUAAGAGACGCUCAUAUCAGAAUUUUGUAUGAUCACGAAAUAAUAUUUUAAAAUUUCGGACAGCAUUCUCAAAUGAUGAUAGUGAUCGAUAAUUUUGGAUAAAUGGUAACGGCAGCCUUGACGUUAAAGCCUAAUUAAGCAGCUUCGUUUAGCACGAGAGAGAUAAAACUCGAAUGGGGGGAUCAUUCGACUUUGCGCUUCUAACUUAUGGAACGCAAAUAUCACGGGACCUCGCAAAUCAGCACGCAUUUACUCGCAACUAUUUUGUGCUUAGAGAUAAAAGAUUUCGAUGAUAAGAGGAUGAAUAAGAUAGAUUGAAUAAAAAGAUUGGUAGAAAGAAAUUCGAUCUGAUUGCAAUUGUUACGUUGACGAAACGGAUUGAUUUCCUUUUUAUUUCGCUAAUACGCUAAUUACGUUCAAUACGUAAAUUCAAUAAUGAUAACGACGACGAGGACUAUGACGAGGACUAUGACGAAGACUAUGACGACGACGAUGAUAAUGACGAGUACGACGGUCGAUGGUAAAUUAACAUUGUUACGUGUUGUAUUCCGAUAGGUAAUAGUGCCUUCUAAGAUUAAGGAUGAGAACGCUGCGUUAGGCCUUAAGUAUUACUGCUAGUGCCUUAAGUCACGCGAAUCUUCGUGCUUGUACACCUUUCAUAAUCCGACCCUUCGAAUCCUCGCCCGAAGGAACGACGGGCAAAAUCUUCACAACUCGUAUGCGUUUAAACGUCUUCUCGAUACGAGAGUCGCAAAUCGUGCUCGAACUUUCACUCCUCGUGACUCGCUGUACCGUGGUGUCUACUAGUUCGUCGAUCGAUCUGUCGUCGAAACUCGAAAAAGUUAUUUUGUUUGCUAACUGUUCUGAUCUUAACGCUUUUCAAAAAAAGAAUUAAAAGAAAAAAAAAAAAAGAAAGAAAAAAGGAGAAAACAACAGUAAAAAGAA